UCUGGGACAGCUGUUCACUACUUUCGCUCCGGGACUGGAGACUUUUUCUACCAAAUCGUCGUGCUUUUGUCAUCUUUGCUCUUCUCCUAGUCGUUCCCUUCUUUCCUUUCAACCAUGCGGCCCUCUUUGAAGCCGCUGGCUUGGGCGUGGGCGCUCCCGGCUCUCGUCUCUUCCGUCGCCAUCCCACCACCGCCGGGUCCACCGGGCCAUGGGCACUCUGGCAAUGCAGAAGCGACAAAUCCUACCAUAGAGCUUGACUUGCAAGACUCGCAAGCAGCGGCAACAUUCAGCAUCCCGUGUCCUGGCUGUCUGAGCCAAGACUCUAACGGCCACGAUGACGAGUCCCUCACCAUCAACUUCCAGGCCUUCUCAUCCGAGACACCCUGUGGCGUCUCCAACAUUACGCUUAAUGGUCGUUAUCUCGCCCAGGAAUGGACCGGCGACCACGGCCACGGUGAAGGCUCUUUUGAGGGAGUGUCUGACCUAGAGAAGAAUGAAUGGUUCCGCACACACGACCUGGACCUAUCCUGGGGCUCAACCUGCCUCGACGGUCCCGAUUCCAAAGACGCACCUGCUGACGCUGGGAUCGCUCAAAUUCUCACCGUGUUGAUCAAAGCCAUUGAUGGCAGGCCGAUUCCACAGUCUUCUGGCUUCACCAUCUCCUUCAAGCAGUUGUCUCCUCCGGAGCUACUCAGGCUUGAACUGUUCCCCGAUCCUACCGCGGGCGACCAAAAGUUCUCAGACUCCUGGCGAGAACCGCCGGCACACCUACGUCUAUCCGAGGGAGCUGUUGAGGAAACUCAACUGCAAUUCCACUCCAUUGAGGACGAGAUCGCCGAGCUCAAACAACUCCAACUGCAGGCCAAAGACCUUCGGACCCGGAUCCGUGAGAAGAAGCAAAGCAUUCGAGAACACCUCCGUCACGACGCUGGUAGCCUCAGAGAGGAGUUGAAGCAGUGCGACAACCUCACAUGCAUAGUUAAGACGAUUGCACGAAAGGCACACGGCGCUGUCAAGAUCAUAUAUAUCCGACUCCGUCCACACCACUCCCCACCACCGAUGGGAGGGCCUAACGACGCUUACCACGCCGUUUGGCAGACUCAUGGCCUACCGGCGCAGGUCCAUGCCGUAUGUAACGGGAACUGUUCUCAAACACCGCCGCCUCUACCACCACCUGAGGGUCAUCCUCCUGGAUCACCACCACCACCUCAUCACGGCCCGACCCACCAUGGCCAUCACCACGGCCCACCUACCCCACCUCACUCUCCCCUACCUCACUCUCCCCUCGUCAAAGCUCUGAGCAUCCUCGCCUCCGCCCUUGGCCUGACCGCCCUCCUCGCCUUCCUCCACCGCCGGUGCUGUACCCUCCGCGCCCGAACUGACCGCCGCGCUGCAAGGGAAGAGCGCCGCACCGCACGCCAAUACCGCCGAGCUGCCCGCCGCCAGGCAUGGGCUAGCUGGUGGUACCGCAAUCUCGAUCAUGGACGCAUCGCCGACUACGAGGAGAAGCGAGCGCUCAUUAAUGAGCAAGAGAGCAUCCUCGAGGCCGCUAUGCAAGAAGAAAUCAGACAAUUCCGCGCCGCCCACGGCGUCGUGAACAGUCUGGUGCAAGCGGAGGAAGGGCGUUCAGCCUUGUCGUCGUUUCAACAUGAGCAGCUGGAGAGACAGAGGCACAUGGGUAUGCAGCCGAACCCGCACCCUGCGUUCACGAUUGCGGAACUGCCGGUGAUGAGUUCGGAACCGCCGAGCCGCACGAGUAGCCUUCCAGAUUAUCGUUCUGAGCCUGAUUACCGGUCUGAGUCCGGCAGCACGGAGCCCCCAGCGUAUGAGGAUGAAGAGGAUAGCAGCGAUGUGGUUGUGGAUGGCUUUAGGGAGUACACACCGAGCACGACCACCGCGUGGACGCCCGACAGCAGCGUCGUUGAUGUGUCGCCCCGCCCAAGUGGGGAGACCAUGAGGGUUGAGGAGUAUGUGCAAAAAACUUAGGGGAGGGCAGUUGAUUCAUCAGUUUUGUUUUUGUAAUGGCGUGAUACCUUUUCACGCGGGAGCGCUCUUAGCCUAUUACAUCUCUUUCUACUUUGUUCCUCUCCAUGGGUUUCUUUUGGGCUUUACAGG